AGAGGGAGUAGAGGAGACUCGCCACUGCAAACUUCAAUCUCCACGCGAUGGUGGCUCUUUUUUGCGAGCAUGUUGAGAGAAUGGACAAUUGAACGAAAAUAGAGCAUGGAAAGGAGAGGAAGUUUGGAUUGUUUGAACGCAGAAUUAAGUUUUGGGACACUUGCGGGUGCAUUUUAAGUUUGACUUUAUUGGCUCGAACUUGCGGAUCAUUCGGUUGAAGGUUAUAUAGCAUUGUUUUAUGUCUAGUCUUUUUCUAUUUUGUUUGUGCUUAUUAUAAUCAUUAUAAUUCUUUUAUUUUUCGGGGGAAAAAGCCCGUCAUGGACAACCUGACCACAGACAACAUGGCAGCGGGGAAUGAUACGUCUUCGGCGCAGCACAAUCAAACCUUGGGUGUGUGGCGCGACUACGCGGUUGAGUACAAGGCAGUCAGUGUUUUUUCGGUGUCCCUCAUCUGCGGGAUGGGGAUGGUGGGCAACAUUAUGGUCAUCCUGGUGGUGCUGACCACCAAACACAUGCGAACUCCCACUAACUGUUACCUGGUGAGUCUGGCUGCAGCCGACCUGAUUGUGCUGACUGCAGCCGGGCUGCCGAACAUCACCGACGCCCUGCACGGGCAGUGGGUGUACGGAUACGCAGGCUGCCUGGGCAUCACUUAUCUCCAGUAUCUGGGAAUAAACGCGUCCUCUUGUUCCAUUACAGCCUUCACGGUGGAGCGAUACAUCGCCAUCUGUCACCCUAUCAAGGCGCAGUUCCUUUGCACUUUAUCCCGGGCCAAGAAGAUCAUCAUGCUUGUAUGGACGCUCACGUGUAUCUAUUGCAUCAUUUGGCUCUUUUUAUCAGACACCCAAACUUUGGUAUAUGAUAAUGUAGUGCACAUUAGCUGCGCCUACAAAGUAUCCCGGAACCAAUACUUGCCGAUUUACUUCAUAGACUUUGCAGUUUUUUACGUGGUGCCCCUUAUGCUGGCCACGGUUCUGUAUGGACUCAUCGCCAGGAUACUUUUCCUAAACCCGUUGCCUGCGGACCCCAAGGACAGCACCAGAAAGUGGAGGAGAGGAACUAGUCAAGUUGGAGGAAGGGUGCUCAAUGCGAACUCCUCUAGCAACACCACUGCUGCUUCCCGUAGACAGGUAACCAAAAUGCUGGCUGUGGUAGUAAUCCUAUUUGCCUUACUUUGGAUGCCCUACCGGACCUUAGUCGUCGUCAACUCCUUCCUGGACAAGGCCUAUCUAGACAACUGGUUUCUGCUCUUCUGCCGCCUCUGCAUCUAUUUGAACAGUGCCAUCAACCCAGUCAUCUACAACGUCAUGUCUCAGAAGUUCCGCACUGCUUUCAAAAAGCUGUGUCAUUGCGGGUCUCAGCGCCUGGAGAAACCUGCAUCAUACAGUGUGGCGCUCACCUGCAGCGUCAUCAGGGAUACGUCCAAUGGAGAAAGUCCUGACCACAUCACGACAGAAAUGGAAGAGCUGAACACACCAAGCGACCAGUUCGUGCCCACUGGAAUCCUGCCAACUGACAAGAUGCUGUUUGAGGAUCCUCCCGUUUUGGGCAAAGAUGAUCAAAUUUAGAAAAAGACAUUGGCAUUGAAGACAGAGACCAAUUUUAUUUUAUUGCCAAUAUAUGUAGGUGUCCUUUAUUUGAGAUAGGGACUGAGCCUUGCAGCGAAUAUAGAAAAAUCUUAAAGCUUAAUUAAUGAACAAGAUGGAGGCAAAGCACUUUUUUCCCUACCAGACAAGGCUAUGGCCUGGCUAAAUGACGCUCCUCCCCUUGCGCCAACAUAGUUCCUUGGACAAGAUGCCACAAGAUAGGACCAAAGCAACACUUAUAUAUUAGAUAUGGCUUUGGCCUGAUCACAGAAACAGCAAAUAGAUUAUUUUUUUCAAAAAAUAACAAAGGUUACCCUGUAAACAUAGCAAAUAAGCAGAUUUCCCAAUACCAGACUGCAAAUACUCUGUGGGAUUUAUCAUAAAACGGUAAUGUUUAUUCAAAAACAUUUUCACAAUUGAAAUACUGCUCUGCAUUACAUGGAAAUUUCUUACUAGGAAAAAAAAAACUUGGCGGGUUGAUACAGGCACCCAAUUUUUCACAAUCUGUCUGUCUUCUAAAAUUUUCAAGCACCAGUGGAAGAUAUCAGACUCAGCAAAAAGGUAAAUGAAAUAUGGUCUGCGAUCAUGAAAUCCAACUGAUCCCCAGAUGUAUGCCAAUGAAUUCAAAUGAAUGCAAAUAUAUGACAGUUUCCCUCACAUAAACCAAACAAAAACUUACGGUUAAACAAUAUAAAAUGCACUGUUGUGAAACAUUUGUAAGAAAACCCAACCAGUUCUCACAGAAAUCUAUUAGGAUAUCAUACAAGAACUUUACUUCCUAGACAUGCGUUGUACGUUGCUUCAAAGUGUUUACUUUUUUAUGAACAGAAAAUUCAGAAUACUUAGCAAUCCUUCAUAAAUAAGGACAGCUUUUCCAAGGCAAAAUAACAAGGCAUUUUCAUCAUUCCUGUAGGAAACUUGGUAAAGGACCAAAAUAUAAUGCACAAGUAUAAAAAACACAAAACUGAGCCAAAUGUCGGUAACGUUGCUGUUAUAUUAAUUAUAGGGAUUUGACUCAAGGAUUUGAAAUUCUCGAUUUUUCUUGGGUCCAUCUUGCAAAGGUCAAUGCCUUAUAACUGAAAAAGAGAAAAAUAGAGUUUGAUACUGCUGCUGUCACGGGUUGAGAUAGCAGUUAGGACAGUAUUUCACACACAUUGAUAAAGACUGCAGAGAACAGUACUUUUCAGUGAUCUACGUGCUGCAAACCAAUGAUUGGAUGUCGAAAGAGACCUUGACAAAAUGCCAAACUAACACUAAGUAAACUGCUCCAACCCUUAGUAUACAGUAUGUAGUGUAUAGAUACAGUAUAUCCAUAGCUCACUCAGCUAUUAUCAGAAGGUACAAAAUAAAUCAAGAGAGAAUCAACACUGAGAGUCUUGAAAAGAUGGCGGAACAGUGGACGAAUAGUUAAAGUAUCUGCCUCACAGUUCUGAGGACCGGGGUUCAAAUCCUAGCACCGCCUGUGGAUUUUGCACGUUCUCCUCGCAUUUGCGUGCAUUUUCUUCAGGCACUCCCACAUCCCAAAAACAUGCAUUAAUUGGAAACUGAAUUGCCCUCAGGUGCAAUUGUAAGUGUGAAUGGUUGUUUAUGUGUGCCCUGCCUCCCGAUGAUAGCUGAUAUAGGCUCCAGACUCCCGCGACCCUUGUGAGAAUAAGCAGCUCAGAAAAUGGAUGGCUGGAUGUUUAGAAAAGAAAGUGAUUUGUUUUGUUCUUUGUCCAUACAAUACAGGUGCUUAAAAUUUGUCCUCUUGAUUAAUUCAGUAUUUUGUUCUUCAAAUAUGAGGCACUUCGUGCAUUUAAAAAAAAAAAAAGAUUGUUUUGAUCCGCUCUAUUCGUGUGUCAUCAAUCAUUACAAGCCAGUCAUUGGAAGAUGAUAAAAUGUGAACAAAGAAUCGGUGGAAAACUCAAAAUACAUUGUUGUAUUGUAUGUUGUGUUGAAAUGCCAAACUGCUGUUUUGGAGAUGUUUUGUGAUGCACAAUGCACAUUUUUCAGCAUGAGCCUAAUUGUUGUCAGCGGUCUAUAAACCUUUCA